AUGGCUCCACCGCGAAGAAAGAGGAAUAACAGCAGUAUGCCUUCCCAAGAGGAAGAAGAGCACGUUGAUUCUAUUUCCAGGCAUGAAGAGCAACAAGAUCAGGAAGAAAGACAAGAGGAGGAGGAAAUCACUCCUGCAGACUUGGCACACAUCCUCAGCGCUUUCGGUAGGACUCAAAAGGAGAUGGUUGACACCAUGAAACAAUUGGUCAACUCAAUCUCAGCAACAAAGCAGCUUGAGCAACCAAAUGAUGGAGAGCAACCACAGAAGGUUUCCCAUGAGGACUCUGCUGCAAAAGCAUCAGACAAUCAGAAGGCACCUUCUUUUGUUACCCAAGACGAUGUUGUUGCCAUGCUGGAAAAGGAAUUGCGUCGUGGCUCUGAAGACUGGAAGUAUGCUCCUCAACCCCCUUAUCCUUCAAGCAUAAUGCAUUUGUCUUAUCCCAAAAAUUAUGAAACACCCACCUUUACUCUUUUCGAUGGGAGGAAAGGCAGCCCAAAAGAGCAUAUUAGUCAGUUUAUUGACGCUCUUGGCCCUCAUGCUAGCAAUCAUAAUCUCAGGCUUAGGGAGUUUUCCAAAACCCUCACUGAUCGUGCAUAUACUUGGUACACCACCCUAGCUCCUGGCUCCAUUAGAAACUGGGACGAAAUGGCAGCUUUAGAUUGCUAUGAUGAAAAGGAUGAAGAGUCAUUGGUGGAAAUCUGCAUCAACAAUAUCCUCCCUGAAUACAGGGUUUAUUUGGAGAACAUCUGCAUUACUCAAUUUUCUAGAUUAAUUGAAGCUGUGAGGAAAACAAGCAUGUCUAUUAAGACCACCACAAGUCAGAGGAGUUGGAGAGACAAAAAAGACACAACUCAGAGGGAUGCACAUCAAGCUCUAAUGGUGGAUGAAAGAUAUUUGAAGAUGAAGGAACGGUCUGGAACAGUCCCGGCAGUCCCUUGUACUGAUGAGGAACUUCAUGCUAUUCUUGAUACAUUGUUUGCUGAUGGAAUGAUCAAACCCGUGCAACGAGAAAAGCCCCCCACCAGGGAUGAUAAGAAAAAUCCACGCUACUGCCGUUAUCACCAAAUAGUGGGACAUCCUACCCUUGCCUGUCAAACCUUGCGAAGGAUCCUUCACGCAAAGAUUGAUGAAGGUACUCUCGAGCUCCCAUCAAAGAAGCAAGCUAUAGAUGAUGAUCCAUUGCCAAAACGGCAUGGGAAAGUUCUGUUAUCACUGGCGUAG